AGGUCUAAGAUUUUGUUACUCAUUAAUGCAGAACUGUACAUGAAAAAUUGUCGUUGAGAUCAAAAUCUUGAGGGAUGACACCUUUAAAGCUUAUAAAUUCGUAUAUGCUUCUGGGGAUAUCAUACCCUUAAUUUCACCACUAUAUGAAUCGACAAUAUCAGGCAACAAAUGAUGCGAUCAUAACCGCACAAUCUAAAUCCACGCAACGGUGCUGAGAUCUUCGAGCAUCAAGGUUCAUAAUGACGACUACGAUGACAACAGGCUACUUUUAGACGGUCCAGAUGAUCUUAUUCCGACGGAGCCCUUGAUUUGUUCUCCGCUAUCCUUUCUUUCGCUUGCUUUCGCUCUCCACGCCAUUCCUAUUCCUUUGCCACCCUUUUCUCGCCGGAGUUCUUUCCCUCUUGGGACCCUUGGGAGCGCGAAGAGGAAACCGAGGAAGCCCUAACCCUGCCCUAGCUGCGAUGAGAUGGGCAAUGGAGGCGGAGGAGAUGGAGGCGGUGCUGGAGAGGAUCUGGGACCUCCACGACAAGAUCAGCGACGCCAUCCACGCCAUCUCGAGGGCCCAUUUCCUCAAAUCCAUCCGAACCCUCGCCAAAUCCUCGCAGGAUAAGGUCUACCCGGAGGCAGAGAUCGCUGGAGGUGGCGGCAGAAGAGGAGGAGGAGGAGACGGCGAAGGUGCUGGCUGCUUCGUGUUCGUGAAGGGAUUCAGGGCGGAGAAUGACGAGGCGGCGAUGGCGGAGGCGAAGGGCCUCAACGCCAUCAGGACCGCUCUUGAGAACCUCGAGGAUCGGCUUGAGUACUUCCACACUGUACAAUCUCAACAGCAAGUAGAAAGAGAUGCUGCUUUAGCGCGGUUGGAGCAAAGUCGAAUUAUGCUAGCAGUGAGACUGGCUGAUUAUCAUGGUAAGAAAUAUAAAGUCAUUGAAGAUGCUAUAGCUUUUGUUGGCAAUGUACAGGACACAUACCAUUUCAUUGUACGUGAGAACAUCUUCAAAAUGCCAAGAGGUCAAUUUGGUGAGAAUCUAGAAAACUGUGAGGGGAAAAGAUCGAACGCCCUCAUGCAUAUGUUGAUAUCUGUUUUUGAAUUAGCCAAAGAAACAGUCAAAGUAGAGAAUUUUGGUAGUAUAUUAGGGAAUGCUGCUCUGUUUGCCAUCAGCAUGCUUUCUUUACUGCAGCUACAUCAGGUGGCAUGUAAAAGUGAAACUCCACAUGUUUAUGAUACUGCUACUUACAGGAAGAGAAAUGAAAAGAAUACUUCCCGGCUGGAUAGUUCUCAGGGUAAUCAGAUUAAGGCUUUCAAUGUACUGUCAGCUAGGGGCUAAGGGCAAGAAUUUGUUAUUUGAGUUGUAGCACGAUUGGUAAAGUUGUUAUUUGAGUUGUUAGCGGGGAAGCCUGUUACAGCUGUUGUACAUCAGCCAAUGUUUUUUUCUGCCCCUUUCCUUUUUGGGGGCUCUGAUGAUGAACCUUUUUUUUUUUUUUAAGCAGCAUGAUUAUCAGUUUAUUGCCUCAGUAUGAUUAUAAAAUGUUUAUUGUGUC